UUCUCCCCAGCUUCAUCUAUGGCAGAGAAAAUGCGUGCACAGGGGCAGCGGGUGCAGGGGCCCAGAGCCGCGGCUGCAAGUGGAACCCCGAAAGGCACGCUGCCCAGCCAGCCCCGCACAAAGCCGCGGUCCUCGGUGGCCGCGCGGCCGCCCCCGGCGCCCCGCAGGCCCCCUGCGCCUCCCCGCUGCCGCCUCGCUCCCGCGGCCAGCCUCCCCUCCCGAGGUCCCAGGGAAGCCCAGGCGAGGGGCGCCCGGUGCGGGAAGGGGAACCCAGGCAUCAGCCACGCCCAGAGAAGGUGCCUGCAAACGGCACGAACAGCACCUACCUCCUUCCCGGCGGCCCGGGCACAUGGACUGAGAGCCAGACGCUGCCUGGAGCGCUGGGUUCGGAGGCUGCCACCACUUCACAGGAGCGCUACGGCUUGGCGGCCAGGGGAGGGAAGGUCGCGCUGUAAUAUGAGUCACUCCUCGCCCCUUCCAGUCGGCGCGAGCAAGUGCCCCGGCCCGCGGCACGUUCGCAAUCUCGUUCGCGUCCCGCCCGGGGCGCGGCCGGCAUCGCGGACAAAGCCGGCCGAGUGGCCUUCUCGCCGCGCCUGCUCCCCAGCCCUGUUGCAUCCCCGCGCCGCCGAAAUGGCUCCUGCAACCUCAGCCUCGCGCCGAGGGCCGGCGACCUGGGACCUGCCCGAGGCGGCUCAGCUGGAGUUAGGCACCGGACGGACCCCCGCGCUCUCCAAUCCCCUCUCCGCGCCCCGGCGCUGCUGGAGGGACGAGUCCCACUGCGCGAGCCCGAGAGCCCCGUCAGCGAAGCACGCCCAGCGCUCGGGAGGACGAGACGGUGAGGACCCGGAGGCCAGGAGUCCCGUCGGGGUGGCCUCCUGCUCGCCCAGGCACCGAGGUCGGCUGGCACUCGUGUGCGCUCACGCACGUGGCGUCUACACGCGGAGUGUUGCAGGGCCGGACACACCUGGAGCACAGAGUCCCCACGGCUUCACGAGGACAGGCUGUGGAAACUACCGACGUGCCGGGGCUCCAGCGAUCCCGGAGGAAAAAGUUAAGGCGGAUGCCCUUCAGAUGUGCGCCACCAGAGCCAUUGUCUCCAGUGCUUGAGUGUUUACGGAGGACUCCGUGCACGCCGGGGUCUCUAGGUGCCGCAGUCCAGGGGACUCGCCGAGCCAGGGCACAAGACAGGGCCACCAGGAGCCAGAGAAGCGCCCAGCCGUGUGUCGGGCAAGCGGAGAGUGGACAGAGCUCUUCGGGCUUUGAUGGUGCGAGGGGAGGGCUUUCAUAGUCCAGGACCCAGGGUUUCGACGGUCCUCUGGGGCCGGCGGCAUUUGGAUCCCCUGGGAUGGGAGAGAAGGGGAGCAAAGUAGGAGGAUGGGGAUCAAGGACCCUGGAGGCAUAAAAGAUCAGAACUGAACCGACUUAGGGCAAGGGCUGAUGUUAGUAUCCUGUGGACAUACACUUGGUCAUCUGGUAAUGCUUGUCAAGGGUAGGACUGAGCUUCUUGCAGCAAAGCUGAUUCCAAGAGUUCUUCUCAACUUUUCAAGUUAACAUUUCACGAUCUCAUUGCUGGCGGAGACAUGAAAGGGUUUUUUCAAAGUACUUUUCAAAUAAAGCUAGUGGAGUUUUGAAUGGGGAUUUAUUUUAAAAUCUACAAGUGCAUAAAUUCAUGCUGUAUUUAUAACAAGUACAGUCAAGAUUGCAAUAGAAAGAAUGAGAGAUUUAAAAUUUUGACAAUUGAGAUUCUUAUUCCAUCCUCAAUACUUUAAUGUCUUUAUUCCAUUAUUAACCAUUAAAAUUAGUACACUCAUUAUUUCUAACACUGCCUAUUUAGACAAUGUUCCUCACAGUCCCAAUUAUUUCAGAAGUAAAGCUGAGAAACAGGGACAAAAAAUUACUACUUCUAAAAAUUUAAAGUGGAAUUACAACAUUAAUGGAUUAAACCCUAGGCACUUUAUUCAGAGUCCCGUUUACAAUCUGUCUUUAUUUUACAUGCCCUUAUUCAACUAUUUUAUCUUAACAGGGAAUUGUGAUUGUUUCUGGGUCAUAAUCUAACAAUCCAGUUCAACAAAUACUUUUUGAGUA